AUGGGUCGUCGAGUCGUCUUCGGCGGCUGUCACCCAGCGAAGCAGAAAAACGGCGACUUUGCGGCUCUCUGGCGGCUGUCACCCGAUGAAGAGGGGCUGGAUGGAGGUGGGGCACAUGUCAAGGAGCUUCAUCCUCAGGUCCGUGCAGCAAGAGGAGGCUCUUCAUCGCAUCUGGUACACUCUCAGGAGGUGGCGACUCGUCUCCCAGCGGAUCGUCCUCUUCCCGACGACGGCUUGUUCGUUGAUCAAUCGGAGAUGAUUUACUCGAUGGAUUCGCGAUCUUUUUAUCGCAAAUCGUUCAGCAAUUUUAGUAGCAAUGCUCCACGAAUCGCGUUGAUGAGAUUUUCGCCAAUGAUCCAGCGAUUCUCGUUGCUUAAUCCUUCACCGACGAUCUAUAGGAAAGUCGCGAUAAUCAGAUAAAAAUAUAUGAAUUUUGACUCUAGGAGGAUUCAAACCCGUGCCGAUUGUCUGCCCCUUUUGAGGAAGGUGUGAUGCGGGUUUAGUCCCACAUCAGUUGUGCGCCGAUUUUUCGAGCGAAUAUAUAGUAAUGUUAGCUUCUAAGCAAAGUUCCUUCUCUCGCGUGUACGACCACUCCUUGCCCCACAGCCGGCUGGCCACCAGUGACGUGGAAGGGGAGCGGCGCACGCGUGCCCCUAUCAGUCCAAGUCGCUCGAGCCCCUGCUCGCGGCUACACCCCGACUGA